UUAUCAUUAACAAAACCAUUUUGUUGUUUUAAUGAAAAAUUAUUAAAACGUGCACAAUUAAUUUUAUCGAAUUCACCAAUUACUAAUGAACCCGAUCCAACUGAUACAUUAUUAGCUUUAACUGAAGACAAUAAUAAUAAUAAUAAUAAUAAUCAAUAUAAGAGAUCACAUCAAACAAGUUUCUGUAAAUCAUCAAUAAAAAAUUAUUUUCUAUCAUUAUCUUGUCCACAAUCAUUAAGUAAUCAGCUAUUCGAGGAUAAUUAUGAUACUUUAUCAGAUGGUAGUGAGUUUUCCAUUCAUGUACCUAUUACAAAUUCAAUUCUUAAUGAAAAUACAUUUAAUGAAUCGAAAUUAUCAUUAAUAUCUAAUUUUAAAGAAUUUUAUGCUAAUAAACAUUUAUGGGAAUCUAUUCAUUCACAAUGGUAUAUACAUAUAUUAAAACGUAUUACUGACGAAGCUAAAUUAAUAUCAAUACCAGAGCAAACAAUCUAUUACGAUAAUUUACAUACGGAAUAUAUGUCAUCAUCGUCUAGUUCACGUGGUUCAUAUUUUACAAAUCAAAGAAGAAGACCACAUUCUUCUGCUUAUAGUUAUGAAGUAAAUAGUUUAGUAGAUGAUUUACCUGGAACUUAUGAAAGUCCUAAUUCAUCAUCAUCAAUUAUUUAUUCAAGACAUUCAUAUAAUCAUAGAUCAUUACAUGAUGUUUAUCCGGAUAGAUUUAUUAAAUCAUUCAAUGAUGAUGAUAAUUAUCGAAUAAAUUUAAAACCAAUUACAAAAAGUAAUUUGAAAUCUUCAUAUGAUUCACGACCAUAUAGAUCAUAUUCAGAGGCUGGUACAUCGCAUCAUUAUCAUCCUCCUCAUCAUCAUCAUCAUCUUCGUGAAAAAGAUAAAACUGGUCUAGCAUCAAUUAUUCGUCAUGAUCGUCGAAAUAAGUUAGGAUUAAUUCAUCAUACUUCAAGUCGUUCAAAACACUUCAAAUCAGAUGAUGUUGAAAGUGUUUUACAACAAAGAAUGUUGAAAGAUUCUAAUAGAAAUAUAAAAUCAACAGAAAUGGAUAAAUCAAAAGAUUCCGUAUAUUCAACACGAUUUAAUAAAAAUUAUCAAGAUUAUGAAAUAAGUCAUAGAAUAAAAAGAGGGAAUUUAAGAAGUUAUACACCAACUUAUAAAUCAUUUCAUACUCCACAAACAAAAUGGUCAAAUGAUAAUAGUUUUUUAGAAGUUGGUUCAUAUUUUUCUUUACCUUUAAAUGAUUAUGGUAGAAAAGGAAUAAAACAUUCACGACCUACAUUGACUAAUCAACGUUAUGAUCCAUCUAGUAUAGAAUUUUUACUACAACAAAAAGUCCCAUUUGAUGAAUGGAAUAAAUCUGAUCAUUUAACUCGAAGAAUAGGUAAUCUAUCCAAAUCAACUGGUCAUUUAAGUCAUUUAGAUGAUUUAAACAAAUUUUCAGGUUCUACUUCUAUGCAAACUUUAAGAGCUCGAUUAGCUGCUGCACAUUCAGAAUUUAAUUUAGACUAUCAAGAAAAUAUAUCGGACUCAUAUGAGUUACAAAAAUUGGACAGUAACAAAUUUGGUUCACUUGAUCGUCGAACUGAUUCAAAUGACUUUACAACUCGACAACUAAGACAACAAGUAGAACAACAUCAUCGUCGUUUACUUAAAAGUUUAAUGACUGAUGAACCUUAUGAAUCUAGUUGGCCAUCUAGUUUUUCAAAUUUUGAUCUUCAAGGAUACUUAAACUCAUAUUGUGAUGAAUCAGAAAUGAGACCAACAACUCUUAUUUCAUCUACUUUAGCACCACCAAUAUUUUCUACAGCUUCAACAAGACUUCCGUUAAGUAUUGAACAAGGUAAAAUCGAUGAAACAAUGGUAGAACCUACAAACUAUACAUCUACAACUGACCAACAGUUUCUGUCCGUACCAAAUAUGUUAACUACAUCGAAUUUGAAUUCUACCGCUCCAGUAGUAUUGCCAAAUCAAGUACCUUUAACAAAUAAUUUAGCUAACAAUAUAAUGAAUAAUACAAUCAUAAAUCAGCCUACAUCAGUCAGUUUAAAUGAACAAAUACCAGUUUCAAAUAACACAUUAAUCGAGCUUAUCAAUAAUCCUGAUUUUAUACAAGCUCUUACAUAUAAUCCAGAACUUAUUAAUCAAAUAAAUUCAAUGUGCCUAGAUCUCGCGCCAGCUGAUUUGAAUCAAGUAACUUUAGCAGCUGUUGCUGGAGCAAUUGCAGCCACAGCUGUAGCUGGUUCUGGGAUGUUAGAUAAUAAUACUACUACUGAUAAUAUUAAUAAUGUCAUUACAUGUCAACCGACUAAUGAACACAUUAUCAAUAGUCUACUACAAAAUACAAUUGCAUCAGAUCAAAUGAUGAAUAAUUAUCCAAAUACUGGAAAUUUCAUUUCAACUAACAAUAAUACUGACCUUAUAAAUAAUGUUUCAUCUAUAAAUUCUACUUAUUUACCAAAUAGUCAUAUUGUUAAUGAUAUUAACAGUAAUAAUAACAUUCCAAGAAUGAACACUUUAUUGCCUGAUGGGAAUUCUUGUGUAGACACUAUAAAUCCUGAAUCAAUAGAUAUACUGAUUGAACAAGUACGCAAAUUAUUAAAUGAACAAAACCAAUGUGAUAUGAUGAAUUCAACAACAACUUCAAUAAACGAUACUGUUAUAAAUAAUAACCCUAUCAAUACUACUACUAGUAGUAUACCUUUUAAUAAUCAAUUAUUAUCAUCGUUACCAUCAUCAGUUCAUCAAACAAAUCAAUCAAUAAUGAAUGAAGAUAAAAUACAAAAUCCUGCAGAUAUUUAUUAUCAAAAAUCAUUGAGACAUAUACAUAAUCAGUCAGUUGAUGAAGUUAAUAAACAACAAUAUAAUAAAAUGCCUAGUGAAACAAUUAAUAACUGGCUUGGAUUAAGUGAUGAUGAAUGGAAUUAUAAAACUUAUAAAGAUAACACGAAAAAUCCGGAUUCAUGGAUAGACAACAAUACUACAUGGCCUUCAUUCAAUCCAUUAACUAAUCACAAGUCUAAAUCAAUAAUACAACCUACAAAAUGUACAUAUGAUUUUCCAACUAAACGACUUUUAUUAAUGCGUGAAUCUAAGGAUCGACAUCAAAAAGGGUGUGGAAUUGGUAUGCGCAUAGUUGGUGGACAUAUUCGAUCAGAUGGUAAUUUAGGAGCAUUUGUUGAAGAAAUUUAUCCAUCUGGUCCAGCUGAUCAACUUCAUGGAGAGAUAAAAGAAGGUGAUGAAAUACUUGAAUGGAAUUCAAUUCCUUUAGUCGGCAAGACAUUUGAAGAAGUACAAGCUAUCAUUAGUCAAGUUUCUGAAGAAACCGAGUUACUUGUCAGAGCAGAUUAUACCCAAGGUGAUGAUGUGGAUGAUGAAGGUGAAGAUGAUGGUGAAGAAAUAGAAGAUGAAGAUGAUGAAGAUGAAGAGUAUGAUGAAGAAUAUCUUGAUGAUGACGAUGAUGAUGAAGAUGCAACAUCUUUAAUGAAAACUUGUGGUUCAGGAUCAACUGGGAAUAGUGGACAAACUAAUCGAACACAUGCCUUAUGUCAUCAUCAUGCAGCACAACAUGCAUUAAUGAGUCAAUCAAAAGGUCCACCAAUUUGUCCACAUAUACGUCAGCAUUAUUUAUCUAUGCCAUCAAAUGAUCAUCGAUCAAUGAAUCAAGUUGCACAUAGUUCACAUAAAUUACAUUCAACAAAUGAACAACAAAUACAAGAGGAAGAUAUUGAAGAAAGUAGAUUAACACUAAAUAAUAACACUAUGAAUUGGUUUGAAUCAAAUUCUCCUAAAAAAUCUAUUAAUCAAUUAUCACCAUCAACUGUACAAGAUUCAAAAUAUACUAAACAGUCAAAUAAUUCUGAUAGUGAUAAAUUAAAUAAUAGUAGAAGAUUAUCUAAAGGAGGCCGUGUAAAUGGACCACGUGGAAGUCGAUCGUCUAACAAUGAGAAACAUGAUGAUACAUUAGAAUAUGGUGAGAUUGAAUUAAUAUUAACAUUUGAUGAUUAUGAUCAAAGUUUAACUGUACAUGUUGCACGUGCACGUAAUCUUCCAGCGAUGGAUUUAAAUGGUUUAGCUGAUCCAUUUGUAAAAGUAAGACUACAUCCAGAUCCAACAGAAGACCCUGAUUUUAAUCGUCAAACAAAAUAUAUGCCUAAUACAUUAACACCUGAAUGGCAACAGACUGUUGUAUUUAUGAAUUGUAUAAAACGUACAUUGAAACGACGUGUACUUGAAGUAACUGUAUGGGAUUUUGAUCGAUUAAAAACAAAUGAUUUUAUGGGACAAACAAUUAUUAACCUUGGUGAUAAGGAAUACCUUGAUGGUAAACCUCAUUGGUUUAGUCUUCAUGGGUUAAUGCCAGUUGUUAUACCAGUUCCUAAAAAGUCAGUAUCUUCAUCGAAAACUUCAUCUGAUAGUUCAAGACAAGCUAAGAGCUCUAAGGAUAGUAGUUCUAGAAGAAGUACAGUGAAUAAAUCACCGAAAGAUCAACUUCAGUCUCAAAGAAUAAAUAUAUGACAUUGAAAUACACCCGCGAUAUAUAUAUAUACUUGACUAGAUUAUUAAUGAGUUUAUAUCUGUCGAAUUGAAUCCAACUAUUGUUUCUUUCUAAGAUAAGCAUACAACAUUCUAUACAUGCAUAAUAUAUAUAUAUAUAUAUAUAUAUAUAUAUCAGCUUCUUGAAUAAAACAAUAGUAAAUAUCAUAAGUCAUAUGGUUAUGUUGAAUUUUAAUAUGACUAUAAGAAGACCUUCAAUUGUGUCAUCAUCGUGAUCAUCAACAUCAUUAUCAUCAUUAUCUUUAGUAUAGUUUAUCUUCUUUACAUUCCAUUAUUUUGCCGUAUGUAUUUAAUUUCAAUUAUUAUUACUAUUACUAUCUAUAUAUGACAAUUUGUUGUUCUUCUGAUUAUUGAAAUAACAGAUUAUAAUUGUUAAUGAAUAAAGAAAAUUUCCAAUGGAUUAUUUAUUAUCUUCAAUAUUCUACGGUGUUAUAUAUUGAUUAUUUUGUUUUUUUGAAAAACCACAACUUUAUGAUCUCAUAUUAAACUGAUAUUUAUUUAGGUUUAUAUACGAUUACUAUUAGAUAAUAUGAAAUGGAUAUAUAACUAUGUAUAUUUUCGAAGAACAAAGAUUUUUAAAACAAGCAUAUAUCUUUUUAUAAUGAGACUAAAUAUUUUCGGUUUGUUUAAAUGUUCUUCAUCACUUUCACCUCUCUUGUACGCAUCUAUCUAUUGACUUAUGUUUUUCAUUCAAAAGAAAGCAAAGUUGUAUAUAAUGUAGACGUUUAGAAUUUAUAUGCAUAUAUAGUCAGAUAUAUAUAUAUAUACCCUAAACUGAUCAUGUAUAUGUAAUAUUCUCGUUUAUUCAUGACCACUUUACCUUAUAUCUUCUUGUGUAAUGAAUAAUCUCUAAAAGAAAAACUGGAUAGAUCAAUCAAAUAUGUGUGUUUUAAUGCAACCAAAUUUUGUGUUUGUCCUGGCAACAA